CAACCAUGGACGUCGACAAGCUCUUCAAGCUGCCAAAGCUGCCGUCGUCGGCGACAAACAAGCGCAAGUGGGCCGAGCCCUCUGUCGACGCCCUCAAGGCGGCGCGCGUCGAGGAUGACGAGGCGCCGCAGUUGGCCUCGGCCGCCGCCUCAUCGUCGCGCGCGCCGGCCAGCGGCGACGGCAGCGACGACGACGGCGACUUUGCGCCCGGCAACGACGCCGACUACUUUGCCGAAGAGGACGACGAGGGCGGGCGCUUCUUCGGCGGCGGCCUCACCGCCGAGCAGAAGCGCAUCCUCGCCAUCAUGGCCACCGACGAGCGCGACGCCGCCGAGCGCCGCCCCGAAGAGCAGCUGCGCGAGCUGCGCCGUGCGCUGCUGCGCUGCGAGCGCGCCGUGAGCCGCAACCAGCAGCUGCGCGUCAAACACGCCGAUGCGCCGGAGAAAUUCAUCGAGUCCGAGGCCGAGCUGCACGGCAGCCUGGGCGCGCUCGUGGUGCUCACGACGAACCCGCCGCUCUUCUAUCCCGAGGCCGUGCGCAACUCGCUGCCGCAGACGCUCUGCGCGCUGCUCAGCCACGAGAACGUCGACAUUGUCGCCAAGGUCGUCGAGCUCGUCGAGGAGAUGACGGACGAUGACGUGCUCGACGUGGGCAUCAGCGGCGCGGCCGGUGCCGACGAUGACGAUGACGAGGCGCCGGAGCGCGCGGGCGAGAAGGCCGUCGGCGACUUUGUGGACGUGCUGCUGGGCGCCGACUUUCUUGCGCUGCUCGUGCCGAACCUCACGCGCCUCAACGACGAGGCACCGCCGGACGCCUCGGCCACGGCCGUCGCCAACGCCGAGUCGGACGCCUCGACGAUCUACCACAUCCUCGGCUGCUUGGAGAACUUUUUGGCGCUGCGGCCACGCAUGGCACGCGACCUGGCGUCCGGGCAGUGCCUCGCCUGGCUGAUGCAGCGCUGCCGCCGCAAGGGGCGCCACGACCAGAACCGCGGCUACGCGGCCGAGCUGCUCGCCGUGCUGGUGCAGGGAGAGGAGGGCGCGUAUGUGUGCCAGCGGCUCGGCCGCGCCGACGGCAUCGACCACCUGCUCGAGGUCCUUUCGCGCUACCGCAAAGGCGACCCAAGCGACGCCGAGGAGCUCGAGUUCGUCGAGAACGUCUUUGAUGUGCUCUGUGCUGUCCUGGCGCUCAAGGGCAACAAGACGCGCUUCGUCGAGGCCGAGGGCCCCGAGCUGAUGUGCAUCUUUCUGCGAGAGAAGAAGGCAUCGCGCUUGCAGGCCGUCAAGGCGCUUGACUUCGCCCUCACAGGGCCAGAGGGCGCGAAGGGAUGCGUGCGCUUCGUCGAGAGCAUGGGGCUGGGGCCACUGUUCAGCCUGCUGAUGGGCAAGGGCGCAAAGAAGCACGACGCUGCGACAUCCUCCGACGAAGAGCACAUGCUCGGCCUCAUCGUCUCGCUGCUGAACAACCUGGAGUCCGAGUCGCCGGCGCGCAUCCGCCUGCUGGCCAAGUUCGUCGAGGACGACUAUGAAAAGGCCGACCGGCUGCUCGAGCUCUUCGAGACCAGCGAGGGCCGGUUGCAAGCCGUCGAGGCCGAGAUCAAGGCAGAGCAAGCAGAGCUUGAGGGCGGCGACGACGACGACAUGGAGACGCUCUACUACUUGCGGCGCCUCUCGUCGGGCCUGCACAUGGCACAGCAAGCGGCAUACGCGCUGGCGUGGCUCGUCAUGGAGGACGACGGCCUGGCGGCCCACGUCAAGCUCAUGCUCUCGCGCAAGGGCGGGCGCCUGGACGGGCAGCUCGUCGAGCGUCUGAAGGAGUGGUACGCCAACGUCGGCGACGACGUCGUGGUCAGCGAGGCAGACGAGGCGGGCGCGGAGGACCUGCGGCUGAAGGACGUCAUUGUCCAGCUUGUAAACUACCUGCUCGGCGUCGCCUAGACGCCGGCAAAAGCAACAUCGAUACCACGCGACGCUGCGCGCCAGCGAGCAUGCAGCAGAGACAGUGACGGGAGAUGCAUUGCAGCGCCGCGCAGACCCCUAGUGCUGCUCGCGCUUCGCCUUCUUGUCUUUCCUCCGCUGCUUCUUCUCUGCCCGCUCGGCCUCAGACUCCGAUGCGCCGCCCGCCUUCUUGUCCUUUUUCCGCUGCUUCUUCUCGGCGCGCUCGGGCUCGGACUCGGACGCGCUGGCCUCGGCGUCGGACUGUGGCCCGACCUUCAGCUUGCGCUUCUUGCCGCGGCUAUCCGCAGAGGGUGCCGCUGCGGCCGGCGCCGCGGCAGGAUCGUCCGACACCUCCGAGUUCUCGUCCUGCCAGCG